AUGGGAUACGCUGCAUUCUCCCGGAAUGUGCACAAUCCCCGGGUCCAGCGAGGGGUGACAAAGUUGAUGAACAAGAUUCUUGGAGAUGCAUCGUUCGAUCCCGCUGCGCGGAACGAGUCCUCCUCCUCUUGGGAGGGAUUCGUGCCCAGGGAGCUGGUUGAACUCGCGUGCGAGUCGCUGCAGAACCAGCAUGACAUCGCUGCAGAGCUCCAGCGCCAAUGGGAGGAAAGAAGCCGGUCAUUAAUCCAAAACCUCCUGGAACGUCUGACUCCUCAUCACAAGGUGGAAGGGGUCGUGUUGAUGGGCGGCUGCGCUCUCAACGUGCAGGCCAACCAGUACAUCCACGACUGGCUGGAAAAUACAACCGAGUACAAAGAUGUAGGCAUCUACAUCCCCCCUGCUCCAAGUGACUGCGGCAUUGCAGUUGGUGGCAUGUAUUCCGUCACUCCUCCAGUGGUUCCGCAGAAGCUCCAGUAUUUGGGCUUCCGGCUCUGGGACGAGUUCACGCACACCCUCUUUCCGACCGAUCUUUCUUCUUGUCCUCUUUCCCUUCACGGGGAUCCAGAGGGCGCUCGGACUCUUUGCGGGUCCGGGCCAGACGACCGUGGUCCACCAAUUUCGGACCCGGCGUCUUUCCGCCCGCCGCGUCCCGCCGCGUCCGAUUCUUAUGGGCCGGCGGCAGGCCGCGGUGGAGCCUCGCUCCCCGCUGUGCCAAUGAGCGAGCACCAACAUGCACCCCACGAUUCCGGCGCAACGAUUAACGCGCUGGGUCGUGGUGGUGCCGCCCCCGCACACGAUGUUGGCGGGAGGCUCAUGGGCUCUUGUCCCGACGGGGCCCUGGUGAACGAGGCUAUCGGCUCUGAUGCAUCCGCGCGUAUCGCCGCCGAUAUUCUGGCGAUCGCGCAGGGUGUCACCAACACUCAGGCCGACCUCGAGAUUUUGAGGAACGGAGUCUCGGAUGUCACCGAAGUGCUUGACAAUAAUUCCCGAGACAUGUGGGAGCUUCUUCCAGCUGAGUUAGGAGAUGAGCAGGAUCGACUCACGCUCGUCCAGGACUCGAUUCGUGAAAAGCGGAUUUCCGAUCAUGAGUCACUUGAGGCUCACUUCGCGAGGCUCAACUCGAUGGUAAACGAUCGAUUCAUUGAGUUUGAUGAGCGGAUUCACCGACUCAACGAGAAGCGUGCAGGAUCCUUGUCCAUGCAGCUUGCUGAGACGAUCCGCCACAUCAAGGAGUAUCCUGACGCGCUACAGCAAAUUCAGAUCAAUAUCUCAAAUGCUGAAGCGCGCAUCGCUGCGGUUGAGCAGAAUGCCGCCAACCGUAUCGAGGUCAUCAGGAACGAACCCAGUUCUUUGAUUUUAGCGAUCAUGACGGUGAUAUCCCACGUCCUGCGGACUUGCCGCCAGUCCGAUCGAUCAUGGCUCUCCGCCUGGUUGCAAUGCAGCGAGCUCAGCAACGAGUCGCUGACGGACAACUCAGCGAAAAUCUUUUACGAUACACAUACGGUUCCAGCUGGCAAGGGCCCAUCUAGAUGGUACAAUGCCAUGCUCGGGCGAUCUAGCUUCGUCGGCGAUGGUGUCGGUGCUCCUAUCCUCCACAGUGAAACUGGCACGUACACCCUGGCGCCGAAUGCUACCAUCUCUACAACGCUUCGGCCAGUGCCGACCAACGAUGCCGUGCCUCCGAUGCCCACCUUUAGUGCAAGAAAUGUCCGCCCCUGCGCCGAGUUCGGAAAAGGAAAGACGAAGUCGCCGACCAAAGGUUCAGGAAAGACCGAAGCCGCAGACGCCCCGCCGAAGGGAAAAGAAGAGGACGAGCCGCACCCGAAAGGUUCAGGAAAGACCGAAGCCACAGAAGGAAAGCUUGUUGAAGCUGAGUCGCAGGGAGGUGAUCAGGAACAGGCCGAGCCCCGGACCCCAGCCUUGAAAAGACAGCUGACUUGGUCGGACCACAAGUGCUCCGCCGCCAGCAACACAGCCGCACACGGUCUUGCUGACUCAAAUCCAAGAACGGUGUCAACGAGCCCAGAAAGUGCAGAGAAGCCUGCUCCACGCACGGCCCCGUCGCCGGGAGAUGUCGUAGCAAAGCUGAGUCAUGAACAGAUCGAGAAGAUUCUGAGUAUGGCCGAACCUGGUGAAUUGGACUUGGGCUUGAGGAAGAGGCUCAACGAAUCCAUGAGACGGCGGUUCGAGAGUGGAGAUGGACUCAAACCCGGAUUGCUCGAGAAAUGGAAAGCGACCAAGGAUCCGGCAUUUAUUGUCCACAAGGACAUGAAUGACAUCCAAGUUGAAGCCUUCUACAUAGAGAACUGGAUAUCGCUUCCAUUUUGUGAGCUUCGCAAGCUUUACACGACAGAUGUUCAGCAGAAAUUCUUGGAAGAACAAGUGGUGGCAAAACAGCGAGGUGCCAACAAGAAGGAGAUCGGCAGCAAGACUUCGGCAGUCGCCAAAUUGCCAGCCAACAAAGCUGCUCGUGCUUCCUUUGCUGAGGCUCUGCAGGGCAAGGCUGGUGCAUUCGGCAGCCAAGGUUUUGGAGAAGCCGAGAGUGGAGGCAAAGGGCUGCCAUCCCUUGCCGAUAAAGCGAUGACGACGGCUACCAAUCUGAAGAGCACAGGGUUGAAACGACAAGAGGCCGAUAUCAAGCCUAUGGGCGAGGUCAACGAGCAGUGCUACAAGAUCCUGAAAGAAUAUGCAGCUGAUGUGAACCAUGCCGAUGGUGUGUUCCUGACCCAUGAACGAUGCAAAGCUGCCGAGAAACAAAAGCAGGAAAAACAAGCAGAAAAAGAGUUGAAGAAGCAGAAGACCGAUGCCACCCUCGAGACUCAGCCCGAACAGGAGGAUUGGCCAGAGGAAGAAGAAGAAGAAGAGGCAGAAGAACAUCAUGAUGGUGAAGAGUGGGCUGACGAUGGUGAUGAUGCUGAGGGACAAGAUGAUGAAGGGGCUGAGGAGCCACCGGAAAAGCGGGUUAACUUGGACGCAGCUGGCAAUUCAGGAUCUGGCUGGCAAGAGCACUACAUGUUCCUCCCUCACGAAGUGAUGGUCCCCAUCUACGAUUUCAACCGUCAGCUGUUUCACAAGUUCGUACUCUACCCUCAGGCCCUUUCGGAUGCAGAAGAUUUCUUCGUACCUGUACGACUGUACGGAGACGGAGCUGAAAGCUACCGUACUCAGAACUUCGAGAUCUUAAAACAAUUGAGUUCGUAUUCUGUCGAAGGCCUCGCAAAAGCAAAAGGUGGCCGCCGCAUCUGUGGUGAAUACACUAUCGUUUUGGAUGGUUUCCAGAUGGACCAAGAGUUCAUUACCAAGUGUUUUGGAUUGCAGAGCUUCUCGUUUGCAACCAACGGUAUCCUUCCCGACGUCAUGCACAUCGUCCACUUGGCUUGUUUGGUUGACGUGGUGACAUCCAUGCUUUUAGACCUCUCGGACACCCAUUUCCCCUGGAAGGGCUCUUCCCGGGAUAGUCGCCUUGAGCAAGGAUGGCGAAGUUACAAGGGCUAUUGUCAGAAAUGGGGUAUCGAGGACAGAGCCGAAAGGAGACUUUUUACGAACGAUGCCCUGAAAGCUGAUUUCGCUACAGUAUCCCAAAAGAUCUUGCGAGCUGCUGCAGCCAAGUAUAUGGUGUUUUGGCUACAUUAUCUGCUGGAAGAUCUUCUGCUCUCGAUGAGCGAGCCUGACCGGCUCGUUCUCGGUGUAUUGACUGGGCUCAUGCACUUGGAGCAGACUCAGAUGGAGAAUGGCCGGUACUUCACAGAAGAUCAGUGCCGCUUGUGCGAGUCUGCUUACUAUCUGUACCGGGCCUCUUACGAUCGAUUGGCUUCAAUGGCCCCGGCCAAUGGAAUCCCUCGCUGGAAGGUGCGACCCAAGCAACAUAUUUUUGAGCACGAGGUGAUUGACUUUAUUGGCGAGUACAGAUGCAACCCUCGCUACAGUGCGAACUAUAUGGGUGAGGAUGCAGUGAGGCGAGUAAAGCAGCUGGCAGUGGCCAGCCACCCGAAUCACGUGAGCAGACACGUGCUUUUGAAGUUGUCGCUGCAGUUCUCACUCCCACACCGCUGA